GAGAGGUGCUUUCGUUCCACCUCGCUCUGGUUGGCGCAUCCUGCGAGUCGUAGGGCGAACCGGGGGAAGUUCUCAAUCUGAGAGGUUAGCCCGAGGCGCGUCCCUCGCGAUCGAACGCCGGGAAUUCCGCGACAUGGACUGUGCGUAACGUCGGUCUCACCUUAUUUCCUUCCAAAGACCGUGCCGGCUGGGAUAUCGACGCACAGCUCGCAAGAAUAAACAGGAAAGAUGUCGAAGUCAGGGAGCGUUAAGGAUGGAGAGAAGGGUCCCUACGACCCGGUGCCGACCGGCGGCGAGGGCGACGAGAAGGAGAUCAAGCUCGAGGCGAAGAUGUCCCUGGUGAACGGAGUGACAGUCAUCGUGGGGUCCAUCAUCGGAUCCGGUAUCUUCAUCAGCCCUACGGGAGUGUUGAAAUACACCGGCAGUGUUAACGCCAGUCUGCUCGUCUGGACGGCCUCUGGGAUCUUCUCCAUGGUGGGAGCCUACUGCUACGCCGAGCUGGGCUGUAUGAUAAGGAAGUCGGGAGCAGAUUAUGCCUACAUUAUGGAAACGUUCGGGCCUUUCAUGGCCUUCGUUCGGCUCUGGAUAGAGUGCAUGAUCGUUCGUCCUUGCAGCCAGGCCAUAGUUGCCCUAACCUUCAGCAUCUACGUCCUUAAGCCGGUCUUCCCGGACUGCGAUCCUCCCGAGGAUGCCGCGAGGAUGCUCGCCGCUUGUUGCAUAUGUGUCCUGACCUUCAUCAACUGUUGGGAUGUCAAAUGGGCGACGAGAGUGCAGGACAUUUUCACCUAUGCAAAGCUGCUGGCGCUUUUUAUCAUUAUCAUCGCCGGAGUCUAUCAAUUGUUCAUGAAGCACACGGAGCACUUCACCUUCGAGAAUUCCAACACGGAAGUGACGUCAAUAGCUCUCAGCUUCUAUUCGGGCCUCUUCGCGUACAAUGGGUGGAAUUACUUGAACUUCAUCAUAGAAGAGCUGAAGGACCCAGUGAGGAACCUGCCGAAGGCGAUCGCGAUAUCCUGCACCUUGGUGACGGUCGUCUACGUCUGCACGAACAUCGCCUUCUACACGACCCUGAGUCCUGUCGAGGUCUUGGGCAGCGAAGCAGUUGCAGUUACGUUCGCCAAUCGGCUGUUUGGCGUGAUGGCUUGGACUAUUCCAGUCUUCGUGGCCCUAUCGACCUUCGGAGCUGUCAAUGGAAUCCUAUUGACAUCAUCGAGAUUGUUUUACGCCGGAGCUUGCGAGGGUCAGAUGCCGGAGAUCUUGACGAUGAUCCAAGUUUCGCGAUUGACCCCGACCCCUGCGGUCCUUUGUAUGGCUUUGCUGUCAAUGUUAUACCUGACUUCGUCCGAUAUCGUCGCAUUGAUAAACUACGUGGGAUUCGCCACCUGGCUAAGUAUAGGCGUCUCUGUACUCUGCUUGCCGUGGCUGAGAUGGACUCAGCCGAAUCUCCCGAGACCCAUUAAAGUGAACUUAGCAUUUCCAAUUGUUUAUAUCAUCGCUACUUUGUUCGUGACGGUGAUACCUAUGUACGCCAGCCCGGUAGAAACAGGGUAUGGCUGCCUUAUGAUCUUCUCCUCUGUACCUGUAUACUUUGGCUUCAUCGCGUGGAAGAACAAACCGAAAUUCUUCCAAGACUCCGUCGGCUCCGUGACGCAAAAUUUGCAGAAGGUGAUGGUAGUCGUCCGGCCAAACGUGAAGUAAGCACGACGAAAUUCCUGCAGAAGGUGAUAAUGGUCGUCGGGAAAGCGAAGCCUGUUCAGGUGUAAUCAGGAGGGAAGAACAGGUGGCUUUCAAGCACGCCGUAAAAAAGGAUGCCGAAAACGAGGAACAACCAGGAACAACCAUGAACAACCGACCCAGCAACGAAGAAGGUCCUUGUGAAGAAUAUUCUGGACUCGGACUUUGGGCGUUCAUCAGACAAAAUUCAGCCAUGGAGAGAUGGAGGCCCAUACGUCUCGAGUAUAUUUUUAAGACACAUCGAGGAACUUUAUCCAACGCUGUUAAAACUCCUUCGAUUUGGUACAGCAUGCCGGACGUGCGCAGAUAUUUUUUUUUUAUUUCAAGGCUCGACAUUUAAAUACCACUUGUACAAUAAUUCUGGGGGAAGUAAAUGAGGCCUGGUUUGCUGUACGGAAAUCUCUGGGACUUUUAACAUAUCGAUCGGUUAUGAUCGAAAGAACCAGGCGGGUCUUAAGUAGAUCUCGACCCUGAAGAAUCGCUCGCCUAAUCGGACGCCGUUCGUUUUAGUUCGCUCGUAUUCCGUUCUUUACCCAGUAUUAAGACUCCGACGUUAAGUACGUUAAGUGAUCGCUGACUCGACUGAAAUGGCCUACCAAGUAUCUUUCGUUAAUAUAGUCGUAAAUAGUGAUAAAGCCUCGUUUCGUUUAGACUUAAGGGGAUGCUGAAGUCGGUCCAGAGGAGCGAGUCGAUCCGCGCGCCAUCUGGACUACGAAAGAACGAGGCAUUACCGAUUAUCAUAUCCGAAGAAAUAUGUAUAAUGUAUACUAACUACUACGCCAAGUACUGCGAUCGGUUACAUACUUUUCCUUAUUUUAUACUGAAAUUUUGAGCGAAGUUUUUAUAUACACUUGGCAAGUACCGUAUUAUUACGUUUUUCUUUUCUUAUACUUUUCUACGUUAUAUUAUGGUAUAUUUAAUAUAUUUAACAGCGUUAAAACGCUAUUGAACAAUUUUAUUAUGGAAGUGAGUCUCGUUGGUAACAGAAUCUGGAUUUAUUUUUAUCCUUUUUUUUUAUUUCAAUAUUGUUUAGAUAGUACUUCCAUGUAUUUUUUAAUGGACUCGUAAAUCGUCUUUCGUCGAUAAUAAUGGGAAAUUUCAGCAUCCUCUUAAAUUCACGGGAUCCCUCUGCACUGAUAAAAAGAAUGUCUCCGAAUGAAAUAUUCAUUGGGAGUAUUUUGUUAAUUGAAAUAAUUAGUUGACUCAAACUGGAAUUCUUUGAAUUAACGAGAUAUUUCUUUGUCGCCGCUUAGAGAAAUAUUUCUUGGGGGAAUUUCUUUUUCUCGGCGUGGGAUGCUCAAAAGCCUUCACUACUUCGCAGUUCUCGUUUUUUCCUUCUAGCCUGACUUUACAAUUUACCGGUAAACCCGUAGCGACUUCACUGUUAUUUAUAUCGUAAUUAAUCAAUUAAGUCUUAAAUGAUUUAAGUUUCUAACUGUUCGCAUCGUUCGUCUUUGAGGGCUCGCAGAAACUUCGGCGAGAGAGAACGUCGACUUUUUAGAUGGAUUCCUUCUUGCAGAGGGAGAUCUAGAAGAACAAAGAGAUGUAUAAAGUCUAUUCAUGUACAGGAAGGGGAAGAACACAAUGACAGUACUACCUAGCGUUAUUGUAUCCGAGUUUUGAAGUCAACGUACUUGUAUACAAGAUGCAAAGGAGUCAAGGAUUGCUCACAUUUUGUAUGUUUUAUUUUAGACUCAUCCGUCAGACUUUUUCUAGAAAAUAUCGCAAAGCAAAUGUGGUAAAAAUUCCACGCCAGCUAUAAAUAUUACAGUAAUAAUUAUACAAUUUGAAUGAAACAAUCGGAUAGCGAAAUCCUUCGCAAUAUAAAAGGUCGGCCAAUAUGGGAUUUUUAAGGAAAAUGUAUUUUAAAAUCGCCUAGUAUGGGCGCUUUCUUUCCGCGUCUUCCGCCGCCAUCUUGAAAAGUGGCAACGGUUCUCUUGAAAGCAUGACUAAUUAAUAGUGAUCUCGAAUUGGAAUAGUGGGCAUACAGUAAAUAUCACGUAAAAAGUUGAGUAGAAAGCCGGAAAGUGAGGAAGUCUGCGAUUUUUCCCUUCAACUUUCAUAAAUCUGCAAUAUCUUCAUUCUUGGUGUCAGCGAACAUGGCGUCGUUUUCGAUGUGUAUUAUCAUUAAUCCGUAAAAAGAGCAGCCUAGCUUGUUUCCUUUGCAUCAUUCUUGUAUACAUACACUCAGUGUACAUACUCAAUGUUUCCGCAAACAGCGAGACAGGGAAAGAGAGAUUAAACUGCGAAGGAAAUGUUUAGAAAAGCGAUCGCAUAAAAUUCCGCCAUUCCGAUGUACAGUUAAUUAGGCUUUAAAAGAGAUAGAAAUCGAUCGACUGAUUUUGAAAUUGGAUCCGAUAGCGGAUUGCCUCGGUCUUUCCUUGUCUUGCAACUAAUUAAGGAGAAACCAAAACCAAAAAGGAAAAAAAAACAGGAAAAAUGUAAUUACGCGGACGCCGUGCGAUGGAUUUUUCAACAUACUGCCAUAAAUGUCAGGGAGCGACCGGAGCAUUUAAAAAGGACCACAUUCCGUUUGUCGACCAUUCCCCUGCAUUUCAAGGACGUGUAGAGACCGUCUUGUUAAAAACAGGCACACAAGCGUGACCAUGAAGUAGUAUAAGGAGAUAUAACGCCAAUCGGUUCCACAGAAAGCGGCCCCAAAAUCUCAGAUUUUCCCUGGUCUAACGAUGCGAGCGCCACUUGCGGAAAACGAGGGAACUCCCAGCCUAUGUUACCAAACAUCUACCGACGUAAAUCACCUAAAAUGCUUUUAAUCUUGCAAUUAAGGUGCACAAAGGCAUGGCAUUGCAUCUCCUUAUACUACUUCAUGCUUCUAUCAAUACUCAGCGGACAAUAAGAUAUAUCGACUGAAGGUAUCGACCGGUUAAUCAGUAGCGAGAAUCAGAGAAAGAGAGAGAUGUAGAGUCGAGUUUUGUAUUACUCUUACGUUCCAACCCUUGUAUUUUGGAGAUAUUUGUAUUUUGAAGGCGUCGCAUGUAAAUGCUCUUGUCAAGGAACGCAGUGGGAGUAGCUUAGGAUCUGAACGAGGCGGACCUAGAAUAAAAUCACAGGACUGUGACAAUAUACGCGCAUAUGUAUGUAUUCAAA